CAGGUAGAACGUCAUAACAUGAAUGCCUUAAGCCUGCCCCUGAACAUAUGCCGAGGGGGCUCAGACACCAACCUCAAUUUUGACAUCCCUGACGGCAGCCUGGACCUUCUCAACGUCAAAAUCAAUGCAGACAGGCUGAAACAAAAGAUCUUAAAGGUAACGGAGCAGAUCCAAAUCGAGCAAACCUCUCGAGAUGACAACGUUGCCGAAUUCCUGAAGCUGGUCAGCAGCGCAGACAAGCAACAGGCUAGACGGAUCAAGCGGGUCUUUGAGAAGAAGAACCAGAAAUCAGCUCACGCCAUUGCCUGGCUGCAGAAGAAGCUCGAUAAAUAUCAAAGAAGGCUCAGAGAGAUCGAACAAAAUGGAGCCCCCAGGAGCUCCAAGGACAGCUCCAAAGACAACCUCAAGGACAUGCAGCACACCCUGAAAGAUGCCCACGCCAAGCCCCGAACUGCUCCCCACAGCCUGGAGAGCAGUAAGUCGGCCAUGCCGGGGGUGUCGCUCAAGUCCCGAGAAUUUGCCAACUUGAUCCGGAAUAAGUUUGGCAGUGCUGACAACAUCACUCACUUAAAAAACUCCCUAGAAGAGUUUCGGCCAGAGACCAGUGCCAGGGCCUACGGAGGCAGCACCACCGUUGUAAACAAACCCAAAUACAGCGACAACGAGGGUUCCACUGGCACGUCGAGCUCUGCCGACAGCAAUGGGAACCAGUCCUGCGGGGCCAUCGGUGAGCUGCAUCAGCAGUAG